GUCUAACAUUUAUGUGACAGUAAUAUAGCCAACUAUUAGAGGAUUUUAAAGAUACUCAAACAACGAUAGAGUGAUAGUGCAGCCUUUUACAAGUCUUUCAUGAAGUUAUAACUGUAGACACACCUGGUUUGCUCACGUUGUGACUUUUGUUGUUUGAACGUGGGUCUCACAUGUCGAUGUUGUGUUCUUUACACUACACGUUUAUCUUGCACAGUCAUAUAUAUCCGUGGAUCUAAUUAACUGUAUUUUCGGGUUUUUGUUACUUCCUAGAACUUCAAACAAUGAGUCAGGCUGGUGAAGAAAGUUCCAGUUCCAGUGACACAGAAUUGGAAAUCAAGAAGGAGCAGCCUAUCUGUGCUCUAGCUCCAACAGUUUAUAGCCGAGAUGAGGGAUCCACUGAUGUAACAGCAAGUCCUGCAUUUCGGUGUUUAGAUGAGCUAUUUUCCGCAGGAAAAAUCACAGGCACCAGAGUAGCUGAGCUGAAGGGAAAGUACACCCUGCUGCAUAAGACUGUGAUAAGUUUACAGGAAUCUGAGAUCCAGCUGUUGCAGGAAGCCAAACGUCUUAGUGUAGAACUGGACCAACAACAACAUGAACUGGAAAAAGCAGAACAGUUCCCUGAAGAAUCCUCCAGUGAAGUUUCCCGAAUAAGGCAACAACUUCUUAGUUGCCAGAAUGAAUACAAUGCUAUUAAAGAAAGAGAGUAUGAAAUUCAGUUCAAGAUGGAAUGUUUGCAAGAAGAAAAAAGGCUUCUGGAAAAUGAAUAUGAAAGAAUUCCAAAACAAAGGGAAGCAGAUAAGAAAAUUAAACAGCUGAAAGAAAAUUGUGAUGAGCUCUGCAAAGAAGUAAUCCAAAGAAAAGCAGAAAUUAAUGCAAUAAAGGAAGAUGUUUCAUCCAAGCAAAAGCUGAUAUUAACAGAUAAGAAAGAAAUGGAAAAGCUUGUGGAGAAGCAGGCUAAUUUAAAAGAUGAGCUAGUUAAGAUCCUUGGUGUUCCAGCACAACUUGGAAAAGAAACUGAGAAGAUGAAUCAGAAAAAAAUCGAUGCAGAGAAGAAGAAAGAAGCCCUUAAUGACCAAAUAGAAGAGUUGAAUGGUACCCUGAAAGUGAUUGAAAAAAGGACUGAAGAGAUUUUGCAAGAAAGAGAAAACGUAAUGAAGGAGUUGGAUGGGAAACAAAUUUUGCUAGAAAGCAAAGAACGAGAAUACAUUACUUUGACAAAAUUACUAGAAAUUAGCACAGAGAAGGAAUCAGCGGUCCUAUCAGACAGAGAAGCUCUGGAAGAGAAUUUAAAAAAAUGUGUCUUGGAGAAAAAAAAGCAACAUGAUAUUCUCAUUCACAAGCAAACACAGAAAGAGAGAGAACUGAGAAAUUUAAAAAAGAUGGAGUUACAACUGAAUAUGAUUUAUGAUUCCUUGGAACAAGAUAAGUCACAGCAUAAAAGACUCAAAUCAGAGGCAGAAGCUAUCCCUAAAAGUAAUGGAUUAUUAUUAGAAAGACGACAAGAACUGCAGAAGGAAAUUGAAAUGACCAAGAGAAGUUUAGCUGAACAGGAAAUGAUGUCAGAUACGGAUGCCCACAUGUUAGAAGAAUAUAUUGCUGAAGAAGGCCGGCUUUUCAAAGAGCAGGAAAAAUGCAGAGAUGACUUAUCCAGACUUGCACAUCUGACUUGGCUCAAAGUUGAAGAGAGGGACCAGAAAUCUAGGGAUGUUCAGAAAGCCCAGAUACAACUCCAAAAUAUUAUUAAAAAAAUAAAGAGAAAGGAUCUUGAAAUAAGAGAGUAUAAAAAAAGGAAAAGACGAAUCCAAAACCAACUCCAAGGAACUGCUAAAAUGUAUGAAGUUAUCCAAAAUGAAAGGAAUAAAUGUAUAAAUUUGGUGCAUGCUGCUCAGCAGAAAGCAAGUGAAAUUAAAAACCGGGUAAAAUUGCUAGGAAAUGAAAUAGAGAAUUUAAGGAAUACUGUUAUAACCAAGGAAAGAAAAUUGCAGAAACAACAUCUGAAGAAUACAAAUAAUGUAGCAAUUACAGACAGUCUCAAAAGUGAUUAUUGCAAAAUUGUACAAAUCAUGCAUGAGAUGAAAGAAAAGAAAAAGCAACGGUGUCUGGAUCUCGAGAGACUUACCAAUACGGUCACUCACAUCGAAGAGGAAAUUGUGCAGCUGCACAAAAAAUAUGAAAGGGCUAUUCAGGAACAAAAUGACAGUGGUCUUCUGCUCAGAGAUCGAGAAGAAGAACUAUGCAUUUUAUAUGAAAAAAUAAACAUGCAAGAGAUGUUGUGUAGAAACGGAGAUAUUGAGAUGCAGGUUAUGGAUGAAAAGAUCAGAUUUCUGAAGCUGAAGGUAGCUGAGAAAAAGAGACAGAUUAAAUUGUGGUUCCAAGCGCUCCCGGUGAAAAAUGCCCUGGACGCACAUCUGGUGGUACUUCAGAUACAGUAUUCCCAGUGCAAGGACAGGCUUAAACAGAUGGAGAAAGUCUUUGCUGAUCCUGCAAAUGAGAGUAGAAAGCGAGACUUGGGAGGGAAGGACCCAUCUCCACCUGAGCUGCUAAAAAAGAUUGAGCAGCUAGAGGUGGAGCUGGUGCAAAAGGAGGAGAAGUUGCUGGAGACGGAUCUUCUCUACAAGCACAUUUCCCGGCUGACAGACAGAAUCCGUGCCACAGCAGAGAACGGGAAGCAGGACACACUGCUGCUAGCUAAAAGGACAAAUGAACUGCAGAAGAAGAUAAAGGACAGAACCCAGAAGAUAAUGGCUUUUGUUGCAGAGUUAUCCAUGAAGCAAGCACUUGCCAUUAAACUCCAGCAGGAAGUGAGAGACAAAGAGCAAUUUUUGAUGACUCUUUCAUCAAGGAUAGAUCAAGGCCUUCCCCCUCCUAAAGAAACAGAAAAUGAAUGGUUGAAGAUAUUACGCAACGAGAAGAUGCAAAAAGAAGCAGCUGAAGCCAGAGCUGAACAUGCAGCAGCAGAGGAACAAGCUGCAGCGCCCAGCUAUGUCCACACGACAGCGGAACAACGCCCAACUGCCUACAUCCCAGAUGACGAAUACAGUCUCCCAUUGCCGCGGCCCUACGGCGCUCUGGCUCCUUUCAAACCAAGUGAACCUGGUUCAAAUAUGAGACAUUUCAGAAAACCUGUUGUAAAGCCAAUUGAAAUCUGACCAGACAGCACCUAAAGCAGGAGAGGCCAUUACUGGUUGCUGAAUCUCUAGGGUCAGUAGCAUUUACACUGCACUGAAGGAAUGUCCACUAGUGUUUAGCCAAAUUCCGUAUUAAAAACAAAAGUAGUUGUCAAUGCCAGAAGCAUAGCUAAAUAGUCAGUGAUUCAAGUUCCCUUCUCCUGACUAGGAGGAGCCUGGUAUCCCAAAUGGCAGUGCAGUAUUUUAAAAUAUUAAGAAAAAUGAGUGAUCAUUGUACUACGCUUACUUUUUUUUUUUGCAGGUGAAGUUUUAUUGCAUCUGAUUAUAUUUAAUAAUACAUUUCAUUAAGAAAAGGCUAGAAAAAUCUUCUCUUGUUAUUAAUAUAAUACGAACAAAGUCCCCAGUGCUUAUACAAAUACACCACCAUAGCUUUCUGCAGUCUGGGACUGGAGUUGACGCUUGCCAGACAAAUUCUAAUUAUAUUGAGAAAAAUACUCCUUCCCUCUAUGCAGUUAUUGAGAAAGCUAAAACUCUUGCUCAGCUGAUGGCAAUGACAGGGGAAUGACCAUGAACUUGCUGAGUCACUCCUGAGAACUGGAUCUUUUUAUUUCACUGGUAAGGAACUGGAAGCAUCAAUGGAAACUGCUCAGAGAGAAUAUCAGAGGUUGCUAUUGAAAACCUCCAAAAAUCUGUAUCAAAUUGUCAAUGAGUUUCACUAGUUUAAUAGUCUGAAACUUUGACAGAGGUGGUUUUAAAUCCAAUAAAGACUGCAGAAACCCUACAUGUCAGAACUUAAGAUUUUCUCUGCAUAGCAAACCACUAUUAUUACUAUUUUAAAUGAAUGUCACAGUUGAGAAUGUAAAAAAACAACCCAAACAAUACUGGUUCAGUUAUACAUAAAUAAAAGUCGAAAAUGAAGGAAAA